AUGCCGCAGGAUUUCGGCAAUGCAACAUAUCAAGGAUUUGCUAUUCGAGGGAUGUCGGCUGAAGUAGCUAUCACCCUUCGAGCUUCUUCCAGUACUCCUCUUGCUUUGGAAAGAACGCAAGCCACGUUGUCAAAGAGAAAAGUGGUUGAAGAGGAUUCUGACGUUGAUGAAGAUGAAGAUACCUCUUUGACAGCUCGUCCUAGAACCAGGAGGCGCAUUGUUUCUAAGGAUGAAACUGAAAUCUCUCCCGCUCGUAUCUCCGAACCCGCUAACCUCAUUGGUAAGGAAUUGAUGGGAAGAAUUUCCCUCUUAGAAAAGAAGGCUCGUGAGUCUGAUCAGACUUUUCUUGAGGCUGAGAGGAUAGCUAGAGAAGCCCAGCUUGAAGCAACCAAUUGGAAAGAGCAGUUUAAAAAUGCUCAGAAAAAGAUAAAAGAAUUGCAAGAGAGUAACCGUGACCUGGAACAGCAAAAGCAAAUUCUGACUUCUGAAUUAUCGGAGGCCAAGGCUUCUUCUAGUAAAGCUGAGAAGGAUAAAGAGCGCCUUGAAUGUUCUUUUUCAGAACAAUUAUCAAAAUCAAGCGAAGAGAUUAGAGAACGUAAGGUAUUGUUGAGCAAGAAAGAAGAGUACGCGGGAGAGCUAGUUCAAAAUUUGUCUCAGGCUCAGGCUGACUUGCAAAUUUCCUCUGAUAAGGUUCGUGCCUUAGAGAAUUCUCGUGAGCUGGGCCUUUCAAACUCCCGCCGUGAUGCCUUAACUGAGGCCAGUCAAGAAAACUUUGAUUUAGAAUCGGAAUUGGCCAAGGUUUUGAGAACCAUUGAAAUGACUCAACAACCACUUGACUUUCCUUCUCCGGCAGAUGAAACUCCCGUUGCUGAGAAACCUUUAAAUGAAGGAGCCGCUUCUGUUGAAGUUGAAAAUGUUACAAUUCCAGCUCUUGAGGGUGAAACUUCACUGAUACAGUCCGUGGAAGCUGAAGCUCCCGUGACUCUUGCUUCCCUCGGUGACUUUAACACUUCAAGCCCAACUGCCGCUACUUCCUCAGAAAUUGCUACCGUGCCUACAGUUGCUUCUGAAAGUGAAGUUGACAUUGCAACUUCAGAAAUUCCAACCCCUUUAGUGACAAGUUGA